AUAAGGAUUUCAGAUAGUGUCUAAAAAUACUACAAAAACAAUUUAUAUUAAUAGUAAAAUUUCUUACUUUAUUAUAGUGAUUUUGACACAAUUCAUAAAUUAAAAAAGCAUCUCAAUAUUGGAACUGAAGCCGGGAAAUAUGGAAUAUAUAAAAAACUCUCUGAAAAGGCUUUACAUGCAUUACGAAUUGGUCACUUGUAUUUAUAUGUUUGAACCCUGGGAACGAAAGUUAAUUAAUGGAUUUGUCGUACUGAUAUUAAGUCUUGUAAUAUUUUCAAGUUGUGUUUAUUUGCCAACUUAUAUUGACACGUUUGUGCAGUUUCUAUCGCCGUUGCCACUAGAGGCCAAAUCUGCCGCAAGUUCUCAAAAAUCUUACUCACCAGUUUUGCAACCGCAGAAAAUGGCGUUGAGAUAAGUGCGUAUUUAUGGUUUUAGUUAAUUUUAUUUGCCUUAAUUGAAUUUUUAGGAAAUCAAAUGCAUAUUUCAGAUGUAUAAUUCAACUCAAGCUA